CCUAACAGUCCCUGUCCGCUAGUGUUUAUUUUUGACGUUUAUUAUUGUGAGACCGAUGACGUAAAUUCAUUGCGCUUUCAGGUCCUUCUUGGACUUGUAUCUAUUUGUUAAGGCAUGGCGGAUGAGAACGAACAGCCUCCGGCAGAUGCCGAUGGAGAGGAGGAGGAAGAGGAAGAUGAUGAUGAUGAUCUGGUUGAUGAAAGUAUCCCGGCUGAGCGCAGCGGCCAUGUGGCUGUCACUGACGGACAGAGCAUAUUUGUGUGGGGCGGAUACAAGAAUGCUCCAGUUAGAGGCUUUUAUGAUUUCUACUUGCCUAGAGAUGAAAUUUGGAUCUAUGAUAUGGAAAAUGGAAGCUGGCAGAGAGUAAAAACAAAGGGUGAAAUCCCUCUCUCAAUGUCCGGAAGCUGUGCUGCAUGUGUGGAUAAAGUGCUUUACCUGUUUGGGGGACAUCAUGCCCAUGGUAACACAAACAUGUUCUACAUGCUGAACUUGAAUCCAAGAGACGGAGAUCUAUUUUGGGAGAAGGUAGAUUGCAAAGGAAUUCCUCCUUCCCCAAAGGACAAGCUUGGUGUAUGGACCUAUAAAAACAAGUAAAUGCUUACUCUUUGCUGGUCCACAAGUUGUAACUAACAACAAAAUGUAUAUGAUGAAAUAUUUUGUAAUUUGGAAAUAAUUAAAGUUUUCUUUGUGGAGAGCAAA